AUGGCGUCGGGAGGAAAGCACUGGGAACAAGACAAGGAAGCGACCGUCUAUGUCGGCAAUCUCGAUGAGCGUGUGACGGACCAACUCGUCUGGGAGUUGAUGCUCCAAGCUGGCCGCAUCGUCAACGUCCAUCUCCCCAAAGACCGCGUCACGCAAACACACCAGGGCUUCGGCUUCGUCGAGUUCGUCAGUGAGGAGGAUGCCGACUAUGCCGCCAAAAUUAUGAACCAGAUCCGCCUAUGGGGAAAGCCCAUUCGUGUCAACAAGGCUUCAGCAGAUAAGCAAAAGACUCUGGACGUGGGUGCUGAGCUCUUCAUCGGAAACCUGGAUCCCAUGGUCGACGAGCGCGUCUUGUUCGAGACUUUCAGCCGCUUCGGCAGCUUGACCUCUGCGCCAAAGGUCGCCCGCGACGACGCAAACCUCAGCAAGGGCUACGGUUUCGUUUCCUUCACCACCUUUGAAGCAUCCGACGACGCCAUCGCAAACAUGCACGGCCAAUACCUCAUGAACAAGGAAAUCACCGUCCAGUACGCCUUCAAGAAAGAUGGCAAAGGAGAGCGUCACGGAGAUGCUGCAGAGCGUGCCCUUGCUGCUGCCGGUCGUGAACACAACAUCGAGCCUCAAGUCCAACCUCUACCCCCGCAACUCAUGGCUCCUCAAAUCGCUACUCCUAUCGCACCACCCACACCAAUGUCUGCCGCUCCUUACGGUGCCUCGCCCGUGACCGGCGGCUACGGCGCCCCUCCCACUGCCAGGACUCCACUUGCCGCCCCGCCCGCUGCCGCUGGUGUGCCUGCAAGGCCCCCUCCCAGUGUUGGUGGUUACAAUGGACCUCAAGGCUUUGCGCCACCAGGAUUUGCUCAUCCUCCGGCCGGUAUGCCGCCUGGCUUUGGUCCGCCCCCAGGAUUUCAGCCACCGCCGGGUAUGCCCGGUAUGCCCCCUGGUUUCGCUGCUCCACCACCAGGCAUGCCUCCUAAUGCCUACCAGAGGCGAUGAAAUGAUACCUUGUGAAAAAGGAGGCUCCAUAUAGCAUUCAGUGAAGAGUUGUUGUUUUUAGCGAGGCGUUCAUGACAUGCUCGGAAUUAUGUUGCAUGGGAAAAGGCGAAGGAAAUGUGUACUCAAACGGAGCCCAAGGAAACGUAGGUAUAGCAAGGAAGAAAAUGUCCAAUGAGAAACAGAAAAUGACGUUUAUCCUGCAG